AUGGCGUCUGUGGGGAGAGGAAUUAUCAGUUUUUGGGACUCGGACUCGUGGGAGGCUAGCCACGCUGUCAUUGUGUUGAUCUUGGAAGAGUACCGACUGCGCCACCGCGGUGAGGUCUUCGUUGUUGUGCUUGGAGCGUGCCAUUUCCAGUUGUUGAGAAAGGUUGGCUGUAUUCAGUACUCAUAA